AUGAAAUUAGAUCAGAAUACAGUUUGCUUAGUUACAGGAGGAGCUUCAGGUUUAGGAUUGGCUACAGUUUUAGCCUUUUUGGCAAAAGGAUGCAAAGUAGUCAUUGCAGAUUUCAAUUAAGAAGCUGGCGAUAAAAUUUUAUCAGAGUAGAAUACCCCCAAUUUGAAAUUCUUUAAGACUGAUGUUUCAAAUGAAGAAAAUGUUAUCAAAUUGAUUAAAUACACAGUAAGUGAAUUUGGUGGAAUUCACAUUGUUGUAAAUUCAGCUGGUGUCAUUUCUGCUGGAUACUUGGUCACAUCCAAAGGAACUAUUCCAGUCGAUGAAAUGAUGAGAGUCUUGAAAAUCAAUGUUGUUGGAACCUUCAAUGUAUCAAAACAUGCAGCCGUAGAAAUGAUAAAAUAAGAACCAUAAGGAGAAUUCAAAGAGAGAGGUGUGAUAAUUAAUGUUGCCAGUCUUGCAGGCAUUGAAGGAUAAAAAGGUCAAACUGUUUAUUCUGCCAGCAAGGGAGCCGUGAUUGGAAUGACAUUACCUAUGGCAAGAGAUUUAGGAAAGUAUGGAAUCAGAGUUAUGACUUUGGCACCUGGAGUUUUCUAAACUCCAAUGGGACAUAAUUUAUCAGAAAAGGUUUUGGCUCCAUUGAGAAAAUCAGCUGCUUUGGAGAGAUUUGGUUAACCUUCUGAAUUUGCUGAUUCUGUUAUUGGAAUAUGUUAAUGCUCAUACCUAACAGGAGAAGUCAUUAGACUAGAUGGCGGAAGCAGAUUACCAAACUUUUGAGUAUCUUAAGCAAUAAACAUUUAUUUUAACAUUGUUUAUUAUAUAA